UCAGUGCUGAGGUUUUCAAGAAUGGAGACUGGUUUACUCCUGUUUACGAGUGGCAAUAAAGUGUGUAUCUACAGCUGAUGAGGAGCAGGGAGAUGUUACGCUGUACAUGUGGUGCAGCCUCUGUACCCCAGUCAAGUUACAGGAGUCUGUAUACAUGUGUGAACCCCCCUCUACCUUAGAGAAGCAUGUGGGAGGGUCUGAUCAGUGAGGAUGUGGCUAAAAUAACAUAAACAACGAAGUGUGAGUGUCUCUAUCCUCAGGAUAUGGAAACUUUUCACCCAGGAUACUACGCAAUUACCAGGACUUCACUGCUUAGAGAUUUGCGUUCAGGAUGCUAUGUAUGAAAUAUGAUAUAAAACUUCUUUAAACGAGAAAAUAUUGGUAGCUGUUUUCAUUAAUUUUACCAGUAUCUUAUGAGCAGGAGCACCUCAUGAUGACAUGGAUAUUUAAACUUUCAAACUCUUGGAACUUACAGAACUUUAAAAUGUUGUGAGCAACUUUUACAUGAAGUUUUCUAUGGACAAGUGAUUGUGAUUGUCUUUUCGUGUUAUAAAUCAUUAUAUACACAUGAAUGCAAAAGUGGAAUUUAAUGGGAAGUUUUAAAAGUUUUGGUUUCCUGUGAGGACUAAAAGUAAGUGCCGAAGAAUGUACUAGAUCCUUGAGAUUCGGGGAGGACUGACUGGCCUUGCCAGGGGGGACCAGAUAGUGCUAUCUGUCUGACCAGGUGAGUGUAGAGAGGAGAGAGGGCAUCCCUUGUAAAUCAGUCUAUAUACACAGUGUGUGACGGCAGGCACUGGGUCGUAUACCGUGCUACAUUCUCAGGAUACAAACUUCUGUGCUAUACAAACUUCUAGCUGGUGUACUUUAUAUCUCAGGAAAUCAGAACUCAUGAUCAUCUGUACCAAAGACCAGGUUUUCUUCUGGGCUGCUGGUCCAUCUUGUAAUAUCUAGUAUACAAAACGUGUGUGUAUCUGAUACUAACUUCAGUGUUUUAUAGAUAUACCUGGGAUGUUUUGAUUAAUACCUGUUUCAAACAGAUACACACACAAGUUUCUGUGUGUCAGAAAAACUGGUCAGCUGAACGGUGAUGUUCAUGUCUAAAAUGUGAAUUAGGCUAUGAGAUUUUUCCGGGCAGUUUUUACAACAACUGUGCUAAGACUGUGAACUCACCCAGGAGAACCUACUUUUACCAUAUCCCAUCUGACACCGGUGUGGGUGUUAUCAAUGCUAGCAAGCCUACUGCAUCCUAGGAGAUCAGGGUUACAAUUCACCAAAACUCUCAGCUCUUCGGAAUUAUGAGUUUCCCUCUUGCGAGAAAAUUAGGAAGAAAUCUGAGACUUGUACAAGCUUGGUGUUUUGAAAAUUUUACUAAUGGUAUCUUGUCUCUGACAUGCUUGGAAAUGGCCACGUUUAUCAGAUUUUAAUUUUGAUGGUUGAGAUGAGGUUUCCAGUCUCCUCCUCAGUCUUAAUCACUUAAAUGUUUUGUUGAACUGUCUGGAGAUUUAAAAGUCUUUACACUCUAUGUGUCGCUGGAAGGUUUUUACGGAGAACCCUCAUCACGUCUCGGGGUGUUAAAUCAGCACUGCGAACUUUACAUUUGGAGCGAAGGACUUUUAUACUAGAAUUAAGGCAUACUGCCCAGAUUUUACGACAAUUUCUAUCAAAGAAAUCACAUCUCUGUCUCAUAAAGUUGCAGUUGACGUUUCAUGGCCAAGGGUGUGGGGACUAUGGUGGAAAGAUAGAACAUUUAAAACACUUAGCUUUUUUACAUCCAUACAUCUUAAUUCAAGUAGCGUAGACAUGAAUUUGUCUCGUUAUCUACAAUCAUGUCAAGUCAGGACCAAUUAGGGUGACACAAUAUAGUGAUGCUUAAUGUGACGUGUUAAACUAUAGUCGACCAAGAUUGACGACAAUUCAUGGCAAGGAUUACCAACUGGUGGACAGCUUGACCUCUUGGUUGACCUAUGACCCAGAGUGCUGGGUACAGAUCCUGAUUCACUAUAAUCAUGUAGGAUGCAGCCUUUCGGUACUUCAAUGAAUCAUUUUGAAUGAUCACAAAAUGAUCUAGGAGGUGAUUUAAUAUAUUUAUAUAUAUAUACACAAAGGAAUAUAGCAGAAGUUCCAUAAACAUUCGUGAAGGUGUCAUAGUUCUAAAGGAAGUGUGAAGUGACCCUUGUUUACAUGUUUCUGUGGAUAUUAUAAAAGGUUUACAUGUUUGUGGUGCCGGCAAGGUCCGUUGAUGUCGGAGCAGGCCUGGUGCCGGCUGUUUCCGUCAAAGUCAGAUUAGGCCCGCUGUCAAAGGGAUCUGACAUAGGUGGGACGGGUAUUAUGCAGAAGACCUGGGCCGGAGCCCAGUACGUACAUACCCGUGUCAAUGUGUACCACAGCAAUCGUAUCGAGCUCCGUUGGAAGCGAUCUGUUCACUACUGUGACGCGUGCGACUAUGGAGCCAGUGGGAUGGCAAGCACUGCCCCAGGGGUCAGGGGUCGGGGAAGUGUGCCGUGUGGGGCUAUUCACUAUGGACGUUGUACGCCGGUGUCCUACCCUUUCCCGCAGAACUACCGGAAGAAGAGCCCCAUCUCACCCUCAUCCCCCGGCUCUAUCCCUGUGGCCAAAGUCAUUCCUACUCGACCCGUCAGGCCAGAGCCAACCACUGACCAAUCUAGGGUCACUGAGGUUGAGCCGGACAAGGGAGAUAAUGUUGAUGGGACAAAUCAUGGUGUGUCCAAUUCAGCAAAAGAUUCCAAAGACAUCAUUUCACGUGACGGCCAUGGGGAUAAAGACCUUGUCAAGGUCACCAGUAAAGAGCGUGACAAAGAAAACAAGGAGUUAUCUCCCCCUUUAUCUACAGCCGCCCCCACCAUCAAGACGCUGUCGGACAAGGACAGUAAGGGCAAGAGAAAGGAGAAGACGAGACUACUGAAUGUCAACAUCCCAAAGUUCCACUUUCCCCUGGGGCAGCCCGGAGUAGGGGACGGGGAUAAGGAAACAGCGUUGCAGGCAGUCAGUCAGGAGUUCUCCAAUCUGGAGGGUGGAAAGGCCUUCAAACAACAUAUGGCAGCUAUCAUGAAGGCUUGCAAGCUCCCGCUUUAUUGGAAGGGCCUAUUAUUUAAUGCAGCAGGAGGUGAAAAGAAUGGCUUUAUCACACAACAAUCCUUCAAUUCCAUGUGGAAAAGAAUAUUCCAAACAUGUCAUGACCGACCGUCCCAGUUUGUAAGACUUUUAGCCAAACCUUCCACUAACUACCUCGACGAGGACGACAUAAUUCCAUUAAUCCAGGAUGUGGUUGACACUCACCCCGGUCUGACGUUCUUACAGGAGGCUCCAGAAUUCCACUCCAGAUAUGUAAACACUGUGAUAGCUAGGAUGUUUUACUGUAUAAACCGAUCCUGGACUGGUCGGAUCACUAUACCAGAACUAAGGCGAAGUAACUUUUUACAGACAUUAGAACGUUUAGAAGAAGAGGACGAUAUUAAUCAAAUCAUGGAUUUCUUUUCCUACGAACACUUUUAUGUUGUGUACUGUAAGUUUUGGGAGCUUGAUAAGGAUCACGAUCUUCUUAUAGACAGAAACGACAUGAUGCGCCAUAAUGAUCAUGCCAUAGCAACACGGGUGAUUGACAGAAUAUACUCAGGGUGUGUAACAAGAGGUAAGACGUUUAAGGAGGGCAAAAUGAGUUAUCCCGAGUUUGUGUGGUUCCUGUUGUCGGAGGAGGAUAAACGCAACCCCACAAGUAUAGAGUACUGGUUCCGCUGUAUGGAUCUGGACGGGGAUGGUGUUAUUUCUAUGUAUGAGAUGGAGUAUUUCUACGAGGAACAGAUGCAGAAAAUGGAGGACAUGGGCAUCGAAAAACUUCCGUUUGAAGAUUGUCUUUGUCAGAUGUUGGAUUUAGUUCGACCAAAACAGGAGGGGCGAGUGACACUGGCAGACCUUAAGAGCUGUAAAAUGACCAAUAUUUUCUUUGAUACAUUCUUCAACCUUGACAAAUUCCUGGAGCAUGAACAAAGGGACCCAUUCGCCAAUGUUAGGGAUUUGGAGAAUGACGGCCCUGAUCCUACAGACUGGGAAAAGUACGCUGCAGAGGAAUACGAAAACCUUGUGGCAGAGGAAGGGGCUAUUGAACAGGAAGAAAUACUGUAUGAGGAUGAUUUUGAGCCAGACGAUGACGAGAUUGUACAGAAGGAGCGGGCAAACCUGGAACUCGAAAUGCACCGGAACUCUCCUGUGUCACGAGGGAAAAUAGGCAUAAAGAGUACAAACGACGAUAUCUAUGAUUUCAGUACAAAUGAUCUUGGAUAUUAGCCGUAGUUAUUACUACAAUAGAAAAUUCAUGCUUGAACCUUGGUCGUAAGUUCUCAAAAUAUUGGUUACAUUUCUGGUGACUUCUGAUCAACAAACCAAUAUUAGCUCAAAGGAAUAAAAAAUACUGUGGGUGACAAUGUUACAAAGACUGUGAUUGGUCAGAACACUUUGAGAGUGACACCCACAAGUGUUACAAUGAUGGUGAUUGGUCAGGAUGUAGUAGGAGAAUAAAACCAGAAAUGAUAAGAUGGCUGGUGAGGAUAGUGAGAGUGGACAUGUUCUUACAUUACUAUGAUAAAUAGAAAGUGUUUAUGGCUGUUCGGUGUGGUGAUAUAAUAAGGUUUGUGAUUGGAAGGAUUAGUGUAAGCACUUUAUUGACUGCACCAGAAAUGAUACAAGUAUUGUGAUUGGACAGGAGGGAUUGAACAGAUGAUUUACUGCACCAGAAAUGACACAAGGAUUAUGAUAAGACAGGAAGGCUUUUUGACUGUACUUUGCAGAAAUGGUUCAAGGAUUGUGAUUGGUUGAGAAAGAUACAUACUGACAACUUAAUAUACUAGAGGUGAAAAUUGACACUGAAGUGUAAAAUCAUUUGCCAAAUUAUGAUGGCUAUAUUAUCUCGAACCAUUCUAGUGAGGAACAGGUACAGGUCAGGUCACUGCAUAUUAUUGCUAAAUAUAAAUAAUCUGUUUUAUCAACACUCAAUGGAUUGAACUUGUGGCUGUAAUUAAUGGAAUUUUCAUGAAAUGCAUGUACAUCUGUAUAUAUAAUUUAUUAGUGUACAGAAUGUUUUUGUUCAUGUACGUGUGUAUGUGAAUGUUAUUUGGAUAACAACUUUUUUAAAGAAAUUAUCCAACUGGUUUAAUCGUUUAGGCGUUGAUUAAAUUUAAUCCUUAUUGUAUAAAAAUUAACAGAAUUUUCAUUUAGCAUCAGGGUUCAAAUAAAGUGUGUACAUGCUGAAAAGGUACGAGUCGGUUUCACAUUUUAGAACUAAGCGGUAGAAAAGGAAAGAAUUAUUUGUGUUUUCUCUGUCGGUGAAAAUUACAAAAGUUUAAUAAGCAAUGGAAGUACUACAUGACAGGAGAAAAACCAAAACCUGUCAAUCAGACUUCGAAAUCUACACAUUUUUUGUAUUUAUAUGAUUUAAUAAAAAAAACACCACAUUAUGAAUGACAAAACUAAUUGCAAAGUUUAUGUACAAAUGAUUUUACUGAUAUGGUGUCCGUCCGCAUUUUUGUUAACAGUUAUGUACAUAUGGCAUCAGAAUUCAUUUCCAACAAUAUAUACAUAUUGUACUACAGGUUUGUGCCUUUUUCAUGAUGUCAUUUGUUAUAAUGAUAUAGUUAUAAUAAUGUUGUGUGAUUUUGUUUUUACAUACAUUUGUAUAUCUAGAACAUUUCCUGUGGUGUCAUCAUUUCUUAAUCGCAUAAAUGGUAAAUUGGGAAGGGAGAUCUAGAACUUCAAAAUUAGCUUACCUCUAAACACGGAGUAUGAACAGUCCCAUUCCAAAGUUAUUUCUUUUCUUUUAUAUUUAAAGGUUUUGUUUCUAGUGAAUAUUUUUUUUUCCAAAUUUGAUUG